GUUAAUGGACAAAUCAACAGCUAAUGUAAGAUCAUCAAUCAAUUUCUUAAAUAAUAAUGAUUAAGAAUAGAGAGAGAAGAUAGAAAUUUAAUUAAUACCAGCAUUAUAGAGUUUUUAAAGUUUUAUAAAGAUGAGUAAUGAAUCACAGAUGGCACAGAUUGUUGAUUCUUUAAUGGCUAUAGAUUUUUUUAAAAAGAGUUGUCCUGAAGGUUCAAGUUUAAGAGAUUUUAUUAUGCAUGCUGGAAAAGCCUUAACUUAUGAGUAUUAUAAAUAGGGAUAAAUCAUAUUUCAUUAUGGUGAUUAUGGAGAUAAAUUUUUUAUGAUCUUAAAAGGCAAUGUUGGAGUUUUAGUACCUAAAGGAAAUCAUGAUAUAGAAAUGGAUAGGGAUUUUCUUUUUGAGACAAAUAAAAAUGAACCUUGGAGUUAUGCUUGGAAAGGUAGAAAAUUAUAGAGUACAAUUGAUAUGGAAUUGCUAUUGGCUUAAGGAGAAGAUCCUUGGCUAUUAUCAAAUCGAUAUUUCGAAGGAGGUGUCUGUUUGUAUUAAAAGGUAUUUCAUAUAUUUAAAUAUAAUAAGAUUUAUACAUAUUAUGGAGGAUAAACAUUUGGAGAUGUAUCUCUAUAUACAGAUAAACCAAGAACUGCAAGUAUAUUAGUAUUAUCUGAAGAUAUUCAUGUGAUUACAAUGAAUAAAAGUGAGUAUAAAUAAAUUUGUGAGAAAUCACUUUAGGAUAUGAAUAACAAUGUUGAAUAUUUUAUGAGAAUGUUACCAAAUAAUAGCAAAUUUGUCAUCACAAAAUUUAUGUAGUAUAUGCAUAAAAUUGAAUUUGCACCUUAAAGUAUAUUAUGGAAGGAAGGGGAAGAAUCUAAAUUUUUUAUGUUAAUAUUCAAAGGGAGAGUGGAAUUGAUUAAAAAGAUUGGGAAAGUGAGGAUAACAUUAUGUUAAUUAAGUGAUAACAGUUGGGUUGGAUAAGAAGAAAUAUGUAUAAUAAAUAAUAUAAAACUCUUUUAGUUGAUCAAUCAAUUAGAUAAUCAACUUGUUAAUGUGCUGAUAAUACAGUUGCAUAUUAUAUAUAAAUUGAUGAAUUCAAUCAGAUUAGAAGAAACUUUCCAGAAAUUUGUAAGAUUUUAAAAGAGAGAUCUCAUAUACUAAAGGAAUAUAUGAAAAUAAGAUAUGAAAUGAUAAUGAAUAACUUUAUUAACAAGCCAAAACUAAUUUAGAAAGAGAGGCAAAAGGUAGAAAGAAAAUCUAUUACUGAAAUCUUCCAUACUUCUAUAAAGACAAAAACUUAAGAUAUUAGAUCACAUUCUCCUAAAUCAUUAAGCAUAAUAGAGAUAACUGAAUACAACAACAAAAUAAAUUAAUCAAGAGUAGGUUUUUUAUUUCCAUUUAGGGUGGAUUCAGAAAUUUAAAUAUCUUUCCAUUAGACAAAGAUUCAGUAUUAUCAAUAAGGGAUAGAGUUUGUAGAUAAUUAACCAAAUAAAACAAAAAGAAGCAAAGAGUUUAACCUUAAACAAUGAGAGAAGGAACUCUUUUGUCAUCAACUAUUUCAGACCUAUUCUAAUAAAAUGAUUAGGUUAAAUAGUAUUCGCUUUAUAAAUAGAAUGAUCUAAAGAAAAAUUCCUUCUCAUUUCUUAAUUUAUUUGCAUAAGGAUAGUCUAACAAUAUUCCAACUAAUAACAGUGAUCAUUUUACUUCAAGAUUAACAACUUAAUAAUCCUAUUUCAGAAUGAAAACGGAAUAAGGAAGAUCUUAAAUCUAAACAUAAACUAGUUUCGAUUAAAAGUAAGAUUGUUCAGUUAAUUUAAGAAAUAAUAGUGUAGAACUAAAUAAAUUACGUUCCAAUAGUCCUCUCAAUUCCAUUCAAUUCUCAGACAGACAUCAAAACAAAAGAAUUCAUAGCUGUAAGAUGAUAGCAAGACCUAAAAAGUAUCCUUAAUUAUUGAAAUAUAAAUUAUUAUGAAUUUUGCUGAACGAAGAAAUAAAACUAAUCCUGAUUAGCAUCAACUAUUAAGUAUGAGCAGUUAAAGUUCUUAAAGAAACUCUGCAAUCAAAGCAACAUUAAAAGUUUAUUCUGAGAUGAGAGAAGAUUAAAGCUGUAAAUUAGCCAUGAGAUUUACGUAAUUGAAAAUAGUACUUGCUACUCAUAAAAUAGUAGGAAUCUGUCAUAAAAUUAAAUCUAUAAGGUUAUAACAUUAUUUUGAUGUUUUACUUCUAACCAAGACAUCAAAUACUAAUCCUAUACCUAUUUUAAAUAAAAAUUAAUAAGGGUAAAUUUAAUAUUUGACACCUCCAACAAAAAAGAAAAGUGUUAAGUUUUAACCAAAAUACUCAAUAGCACCUUGUUUAUUAAUUAAAUCUAUAUAUAAUAAACGUGUUCGCACUUACUUCAAUAUAAUACUAUAUAAUCAAAACAAAAAAAAUUAGCAAAUAUCUUUUAAUACCAUUUUAUUUCAGUUAUUCAGAAAAAAACAAACUUAAAACUUUUAAAUUCUUAAAACACGAUUAUAAUAAUCAAAGUCCUUUAGAAGGAUUAGUCUAAUAACCAAUUAAAAGAUAAAAUCAAUAAAAUUGGAAGUCUUACUAACAAUUUCAUAAUAUUAAUAUAAUGACAAUGUUCAUUCUCAAUAAAUAAGUUUAUUAGAUUCGGAAUUUUCCUAAUAAUAGUAAAUAUAACCAUUAACAAUCCAAGAUAUCUAAGAACAUGAAAUAAAUAAUUAAUUGAUGAGUGCUAAAGAGUAAUUGGCUAUGAAAUUUGCCAGUACAUCUUUAUUAAUAGGAAUAUUAAGUUAAGUAAUGAUAAAAGCAUAAUUUGCAUUUCUAUUUCAUCUAAGUUCUGGAUGUAAUCAAAAAUAAGAUAUUAGAGAAAUUAAAUCAAUUGAUAUAAGUGAGAAUCUUGAUUAGUCUUAGAUUGAAGAAGAAAAAAUAAAACCAAAAAUAAUUGCUGCUAAUCAAAUUAAUCAUUUCCUAAUUUAAAAACUUAAAUAAUAUUUUGAUUAGAUUAAUGAAGUCCCCUCCAGAAUAUCUCGACCAUCAAUUAAAUAUUUUAAAGGAGAUAAGAAACUAAGAUCUUAAAAUUCCAAUCUAAAAUUAUUAAUAUUAGGAUAGAAAACAUUUAAAGAAGAUGAUCCUUAAUAAAAAAGUACAGAUAUCACAGUUAAUGAAAAAAAAGGUUCAUUCAAAGCACUACCUGGAGUUCGAUAUGUGACAUAAUAUUCAGAUAUUUCUAAAAAUGCCAUUUCUGAUGUAAUAAUUUCUUUAAAAUAAUUUAGAGUGAAGUGACUGAACAAUCCAUUAUUACAGAUUGUGCUAAUACAUUAUAAACUAUUAAAACAUCUGUUAAAGUGAAGAAUUAAUUGAAUCAUUAAACAUAACAUAAUAAACAGAAUGAAAAAAAAGAAAAACUUAAUUCUGCAAUUCAAUAAUAUUGUAAAAUUUCAAUAUGAUUAUUUUUAGUGAUUCCAAUCAAAAGUUAAAAAAAUACUCCUCCAAAAGUAUCUAAAUAAAUAAUCGAAAAGAAAAUUGAGAGUAAAUUCUCUAAAUUAAAAUUGUUGUAUUGUUUCCCCUUUAUUAUAAUACUCUUGAUUGUAAUUUUGAUGAGAUGA